CAACCCCGAAACUCCAUCUUCGCAACUGCCAAGCAGUUGGGCUCCAAUACCGGACGCGGUAUCCCUGCGAGCCAACCGGUACCUCUCCUCCUGGACCGGAGGAAGCUAACGCUAACCACCAGCUAGUCACCUCACAGCUGAUUUCUUUAAAAAUCCCAUCGAUUCCAUUUGAACGUCAACACUACCGAUCAACAUGAAACCUCAAGACAUCAUCGCAGGGAAGAGCAGCCUGUGGAUCUUCGGGUACGGGUCGCUGGUGUGGAAGCCGGACUUCAAGUACAAGAGGAGCGAGGUCGGUUACAUUGAAGGCUACAAGAGGCGUUUCUGGCAUGGAGACAACUUCCAUCGCGGGAAUGAUGAGUCGCCCGGAAGAGUGGUGACGCUGAUCGAAGACGAUGAUGCGACCACUUGGGGUGUGGCUUUCGAGGUGUCGGGCUCACAGCUGGAGGAGUCCCUCAAGUACCUCAACGUCCGAGAGACGGUCCGUGGCGGCUACAUCACCAAGAUGGUGGAUUUCUUCCCGCACGGAGAGGACCGGUCUCCCGUUCAGGCGCUGGUGUACAUCGCCACCGCCGACAACCCCCUCUUCCUGGGGCCGGCCAGUCCGGAGGAGAUCGGCGCCCAGAUUGCCGUGUGCAGAGGGAAGACCGGCCACAACCUGGAGUACCUGCUCCGGCUGGCGGAGUUCAUGAGGAGCAGCUGCCCCCACGUGGAGGAUCACCACCUGUUUGCUAUCGAGACGGCCGCUCUGACUGUGGUGUCUUAUCUGUUAGCAGCUCAGUAGCUCGUACCCUUUGUUUCACUAGCCUAGGAUGCCAAACUCUCGAGAAAGUUGUAACCCGUCACGUCAGUUCGGUUAUUUUCUGUAGUUUCAGACAUCAUGCUAGUAUUUGAAUGCGUUAUGCCACCAGAGUAACAAAAGGGAAGUCUGUCGAUAAAUCACUAAGACUUGGAACACGGUUUGUUUUUCCUCAGUUCUGAAGCCGUCCAGUUCAUUAAGCUACCGGAAGAUGUUUACUGUAAACAAAACUCACUAGAUGACUGUGGUGUGUUUGUGAAGCAACAUCCAUCCAGUUUUAUGUCAAAACACCAAUAAAAAUCUGGACAAGAGAAAAA